UGGUGGGAAGGCUUUAUGUGAGAGGAGAAGGAAAAAGAAUAACGUCCUGAAGAAAGGAGACUCAAGUGAAUGAGAGAGCUGGACUGCACCGGAGACAGAAGCAGCGUUUCAAAACAAAGGACAGCUUCUUCACUUCAGCGCCUGCAAAACCUCUCCACGUUGACUUCCCGUGUGCUUUUCAGACCGUACCAUGGCUGAGGGAAGCUGCUUUGGGGCGUUGUAGCUGUUUGGGAUGCCUCAAAGCAGAAGAAGAAGAGGAGAAAGCAAAGAAGAAAGCACCGUGAGAGGAGGGGAAACAUCUGCUCAGAGAGGAUAAGAUAGGAUCAGAACAGUGAAUCUACUGGACUUUUCUCUCUGUAAGGAAAGGAAUUUAAACUCCCCAGUAUCAGUGCUCUGUCACUUUUUUUAAAUUUUUGUAUUGGUUGUUACCAUCUCAGAAAGAGUUAACGCCAUGUGCCAUGUAAUUGUAACAUGCCGCUCCAUGCUCUGGACCUUGCUCAGUAUUGUAGUGGCCUUUGCUGAGCUCAUUGCCUUCAUGAGCCCCGAUUGGCUGCUGGGAUUCCCUCGGUCGGACCCCAGUGCGAGCGGGGCGGGGGUGGACUCUGGGGAGUACCGUCCGUCUCUCGGCCUCUACAGCCGCUGCCUCCGUGUCGGGUCCCGGGGAGUAGGGGUGAGCUGCGGGCCCUACGCCGGGACAUUUGGAGAAGUGGCCAGUGGCUUCUGGCAGGGUGCCAUGUUGUUUCUGGCAGCGGGGAUGUUAGUGCUCGGAGGAGUGGCCUGUAUCUCCAUCUUCAGCAUGUGCUUCCAGAGCAUCCUGAGGAAGAGCAUAUUCAACAUCUGUGGACUGCUCCAGGCUAUCGGAGGCCUGCUGCUGAUGGUGGGCCUCAUGCUGUACCCUGCAGGUUGGGGUUCAGAGAAGGUGAUCGGCUACUGCGGCCCCGAGGCCUCGCCCUUCCGGCCGGCUCUGUGCUCGCUCGGCUGGGCUUUCUACGCAGCAAUAGGAGGAACGCUGGGAUCCUUUCUGUGUGCCGUUUUGUCCGCACAGGCUGAGAUUGCCACCUCCAGCGACAAGGUUCAGGAGGAGAUUGAAGAGGGGAAGAGUCUGAUCUGCUUGCUCUGAGAAACCCCUGGAAAUCAUCCUUGGUGUCAGAUAUUUCUCUGAAUGAUUUUCCUCAUGAUAGCUGGCAUAAAAUCAUCAGAUUGUUGAAAAUAUAGAAGCCUUGGUAACCCUUUUUAAAUAGUUAGGCUUGGUGUUCAUGCCUACCUAUAAUACCAAGAUUAAGGGGAAAAACAAGUUUUAUUCCCUUUUACAGCUUCAGGUGCCAAAAAGGCUCUGGUACAGCAGCAGGCUAAGGAACAUUACCUGUAGACUUAUCCAGUGUUUUUGACCAAGAUACUGUUUAUUUUUGUAAUAUUCUUGCCUUAAACAAACCACUGUACUGGAAUUGCAGAAGAUUAGAUAAAAAAAUUGUGUUGUUAGUGUUAUUGGGGGCAGGUUAAACACUGCCAGUCAAACAGUGUGUAGGAUCGUAACAUCAUUAUAAUGUUCAUUCACACGGUUCACCUGCAAACCUCAACAAACCACUGAAUACUAACAGAUGUGUCCACUCAAACUCCCAACAACAGCUUGCAUAUGUGUGGGUGUGUGUAUGUGCAUGUGUGUGUGACAGACAUUAACUGUUGAGGUUUUAAAUGUCCAAAUGCCCUGAUUGUAUUGCACAGCAGGAUUUCACAUGUGCCACUUAAGGGAUUGUUCGCUUUAAAGGGAGUUUCCCUUGUUAAGUGGAUUGUUUGUGGCUCUCUUGCAGCUUAAUAACUGGCAGUGUGUGAACAGAACAGAAAAGGAACAUAGACUCGCCAUAUGUUUCACUUGGCUUACUUUCAUCAGUGGAUGUUUGCUCACAGUGAGAUAAAGCAGGCUGCACCAGAGUUUACUUAUGCCACACCAUGCAGACGAGACCUGGCCUUGUAAACAUGUCCAAGACACAAAAAAGUGUUUGUUCAACCUUUGCUAGAUGAAUGCAAAAUGAAUCAUCAGUGUUCAGGCCCGAUUAAGGCAGACCUCUGUGUGUGUUUGGUACUUUUACACAUUAACUAAUGUCUUUUGCACUUGGUCCUUAAUUAAUUUCACAUUGCAUCAUAUUUUUCCAGCCAUGCUUCAUAAACUUGCUGUAAAUGUAACAGUGUGUGAUUGCUUCUGUUCAAUGUAGAUAAAAUGUGCAAUAAUUCAACUAUGGUGAGUUUGCUGUGAGAGAGAGUGGACAGAGAGGAUGAGACGUUCCUGGUCUGUCUGUGCUUAAAUUAAUAUGUUGACUGUCUGCUGUUUUUGUUACAUUAACAAAAGAGUAACAGCAUAUGUGGCACAUUGUAUGAUGCUGCAUGUAUGAGAGGUUGAUAUGUGUGAGGAGAGAUAGUCUGUACUUUGUACUCAAAUAAACCAGGCCUUCUUUAGUAAUUCUGUCUGUUCUUGUAC